AUGGGAGCUGCAAUGCUACUCGGCGUCUCUAUCCCGUUCAAAGAGGGCUCCCCUGCUAAGAUCAUUCUCAACACCACGAAUAUCCUGCUCAAGGAAAGGAAAAGAAAAAGGGUAGUUCAUGUUCCUCAUCAAGCUCCCGCAUCCAUCACAGGGUCUACUAUCACCGGUUUCGAGAUGGACGAGCAGUCUCACCUAUCGACCCCUGCCUCUGGUCACCAUACUCCAGGAGCAUCGUCUGUCAUCUGUGCAGCAUUGGAAGCCAGGAUUGAACAACUUCUAGAAGAAAAUACUCUCCUGGCCCAAGAGCUGAGAGAUCUCCACCAUCAAAACGCAGAAAGGAAAGAGAGAAAGAAGCAGAAGAAAGAAAGAAAGAGCAAAGAGAAGAAGGCUAAGCUCAGAACGGAUGUCUGGAGAGAGAUCUUAAGACUCAUCACAGCAGUUCUGACACCUUUGCCCGACGGCUCUCCUGGAAGGCUUGUGGUCAUGGCUAUUGAGGCUUUGUGGUUGAGGGAGAGGGUUCCUGUUCCCGCAUAA